GGUCUUGAGCUGUUUAGGCCCGGCUCAGCAUCAGCCGAACUUGCUGAGGACCACCUACGAAAACUGGUCGAGGCUUGUGAGCUACCGACUGGCUUCCUGUUACUUGUAGACAUCGAUUGGGGGUUCUCAGGUGUUGGCAUCCGACUAGGUGAACAUUUGAUAGACGAAUUCCCAAAAGGAUGUCUUAUCACUGCGCCACUCACUGAGAACUCCUGUCAUCCCACAUUUGUGAAACGAGCCAUACAUCCAAGAUCAGAUCAGAAUCAACGUCUCUUAUCGCUCUCCUCAUGCAAUGCAUCUCUCUUCUGCUCGCGAUUGGAGUCCCAUACCAACUGGUCCAGCCAUUCCAUUUGGCUUCCCAUGGCGCCGCCACCUUUCAGCACUGAAUCGACAUCGCUCUACUCUGUUUUUAAUUCGUAUCCGUCAUCCGCAAAUAUUUGCCAUUCUCAAUAUUCACAGUCACUUAACUGCCACUCUGCUUGUCUGCUAGCCGCUGCUCUUGAAGUGGCUGCUUCCCCGUUGCGUAUGCCGACUGGACGGCAAUUUUACAGUACCUCACAAGAGUCCGAGUUGUUAGCCGCUGUGGACGCAGCCUACGGACGUCGAGUAAGUCGGACUGAUUUUAUACGCAAGUUGGAGACAUUUUUCACUGUCCUAUAG